AUGCUAGUGAACGAGCAGGAAUGGUUCUGGAGCGAUUGGCAUCCGAUGUUCUCCUUAUAUUCUGUUGUUCUUUGUAUUGGAGUACGAUUUCUAGUGGUAUUUUUCCUCACUUAUAUUGUAAAUAGAUUCACUGGUGGUGUUCGUCACAUCUCAGCUCAAGAGCAAUUUAUUAUGGCUUAUGGAGGUCUGCGAGGUGCUGUAUCAUUCUCACUGGCAUUUAUGAUUGGUGACAAAGUUCCUGUUAAGAAUACUAUCCUGUCAGCAACCUACAUGGUCAUACUUGUAACCGUGUUUUUGCAGGGAGGAACCAUCAAACCACUAGUCCGUUAUCUGAACAUCCGUUUGGCUCGAAAGGAAGACAACUUCCGAUUAUUCCUGGAAUUUAAUCGCGGGAUGAUUGCACAUAUGACGCAAGGUAUCGAAGAUCUCUGUGGUUACAAGGAUCGAAGUGUGGCGCAUCAAGUGAGCGUAUUUUCAAAGGCUUACAUACGGCCUCUAGUUCAAAGAGACUACAAGAAAGAACAAAAAGGAACGGAUCGAUUGCUUGAGAUCGAUCGAUUCGAGACGAUGAAAGAAAUGAGAGCAAGCCCAUCCCAAGGGUCUUUUAAGCGACAACAGACUGUGGACAAGAUGGCGGAGAGGUGA